AUGCCGUAUAACGAUUCUGACGCCUAUCCAGCUAUGAUUCCCUUUACCUCGUUGCCCACGGGCCCAGCCCCGAGGGACACUCCUUCUGGGCGCGAACUCCGCAUAACUGCUCUCUGCAAGCCUCACUCGAUGCCUACCGAGUCGAGCGUGCACACUGGCGGCGUUCUCAGCAGCGACAACGGCAUCCAGUGGCGGAGGCACGAGGACUGGAUCAAGGAGCAAUACCGCGACAAAAUCGUGUGGAACUUCGACCCAGCGAAGUUUAUCCAGGCUGUCUGGGGCUUUGGACGCGAGGAUGUGCCACCGAGACGAUUCACAAGCGCGGGAAGACCUAGCGAAAGCUCCGCACCGCCCUCCUUCGACAAGGUGUCCCUGCGUGGUUACAUACUGGAGCGGAGGGAGAAGAAGUGUUCCGUUCCGCUGGCAAAGAUAGCUAACGGGCUGCUGGACCAAAUGUACGGUGCAAAGAGCGACCGGCAAGGCGAACAUCGCGUGUUACCGGCGCGGUUCAGGAGGCGCGACACGAAGUACAAGGACGAGAGGGUAGAUAUGACCUUCAGCACGGGGGAAUUAACUCGUGGAAAGUGGCCGCAAUGGGACUUCGAGGCCGCUUUCUUGGAGGUCAAGAAGACGAAGACUGGCCCUGUACUGAGUCGCACGGAGCUACAGCUGGUCGAUACGGACGCAUAUCGUGUCGCGGAGACAUGCAAACGCAAACGAACUUCUGCAGAGGACGGGACCGAACUGCCGAAGGCGAAGCGAGCACGGUGUACGCCCUUGGAUGACUUGGACGCUCCUGCCGCCGAGGACACACAGGCUAAGGAGGACACUCCUAUGCGGCCUCAGGAGUUCGACCUGACGCACAACGAGGCACAAGCGGUGCGAUACAUGAACCACAUGAUGUCGUCCAACGUGCGGUCGUUCGGGAUAGGCUGGCUGGUCGAGGACACCAACAUGUGCCUGUACUACGGCGAUCGCAUGGGUAUCGUAGUGACGAGGAAGUUCAGGUUCCUUCACGAUGAACGUGAGCUUUUCGUGAGAUGCAUCGCGGCUAUGGGCCAGGCGGACGUGCACGGUAUGGGGAUUUUCCCUGAUCUGCAUUUUCCGGAGAACAAGCAGAAGGAGACGGAGUUUGAGCGGUACGAGGGCUCUCGGCUGUGUAUAACGGCGCGGCGGCCUGAUGCCUCUGAGCCCGAGCCGUUCGAAUUCGACGUCGACGUCGACGGCAAGACGAGGUGGAUAUACACACAAUUUGGAGCGCUGGGUCGGGGCACAAGCAUCAUCCCAAUUAAAGCGACGCCGAAGACGAACACGUACAGAUGCUUCAAGACUGACAAGCUCGUAGCGAAGAUAUCCUGGCCAGAUGCGCUGCGCUCGGCGGAGGACUCCCUCAUUAUCGCGGUGCGUAAAAGGCUGAGCGAGGCGAAGCGGCAGUACCUACCGCACAUCGUGGACCUCAAAUGCUCCGUGACGCGUACGAUCGAGGAGAUGAAGCUGCCUCGGGCUGCGAUGGGCCUCGACCGUGAUGAGGCCGACGAGCGCGUCUGCCGGGUGCUGGUAAUGCAGUGCUACCAACGGCUCGAAGCGGUCGAGUCCGUUGAAGAUUUUAAGAAGGUGUACACUGACGUCGUGCGAGCUCACUAUUGGGUAUGGACGACGUCGCGCAUUCUGCAUCGUGAUAUCAGCACGAACAACAUCAUGUGGAUCCGCAUCGACGGCAAGCUGUAUGGUGUUCUUUGCGACUGGGAUCUCGCGGAGGAGAACAUCGACGGUAACAUUCCGACGACGCGCGCUCACGAGUGUGCUGGCGCCGAAGAACCACCUGUAUCCGCGUCGAACACAUCGGCUGAUGACACCACAACGACGGCCGACGCAGAGCCCAAGAAGCCAAGGUACCGCACCGGUACGGGGCCGUUUAUGGCGGUGGAUUUGCUGCGCGUCGGGCCGCCGCCGUUUCAUUUGUAUCGCCAUGACCUCGAGGCCUUCUUCUAUGUGCUUGUUUACGUCUGCGCUGUGCUCAACCUGAGAAAACGGAAGUUCGGCCACCUGAGCGGUUGGGAGCGCGAGACACUGGUGGAGAUCGGUUUCAACAAGAAGAACUUUCUCUCGAGCCUCGACGUAUACAGAGCGACGUUUCGCGACUGCGAUCCGGCGUUCAAACCGCUCAUAGCCCCCAAGAGCUGGGUAUGGACUCUCUACAAGCAUUUUGGCAAGGUGGAGACCUGGGCCGUACUCAUCCUGCGGCUGCACGAGGAGGCGCGGAUGGGAGAUGACCUUGAUGUGGAAGAGAUUACAAAGCUCGAAGAGCAGAGGGAUGAGGAGAUCACUUAUGCGAGGUUCAUGGCAAUCUUGGGUGCGCCGGAGGAUGUUCCAGAUGCCGACGCUCACCGGGUUGCGGCGCCGUAA